AUGAUUCAUCCAGACCUCGUCGCUGAACUGCUCUAUCCGAGCUAUAACGCCCUCAAGGCAACCACCACUUCUCAUCCAGGACCCAUCCCAACAGUAAUCCCAACCCCCACUGAAUACCAGCUGUCCACACACCAUGGCCACCGCACGCUGUGGGUGCUGUUUGCCCUGAUGACCUUGUCAACAGCUGUCUUCGCUCUCCUCUCCUGGCGUGUGCCCAUCGCCCGACGCCUGUUCCACAUCACGGCAACCUUGAUUCCGCUCUUCUCCGCCCUCUCUUACUUCGCCAUGGCGACCUCCCCGCACGCCGGCUCGGCCCUCAACUGUUAUCAGGUCAAGGACUCCCACAAGCACGCGCCGGACACUUUCCACGAGAUCUGCCGCCAGGUCUACUGGGCGCGAUAUGUUGGUUGGGCGCUGUCCAUGCCGUUAGUCCUGGUUAACCUGUGCUUGUUGGCAGGUGUUAGCGGUGCCCAUACUCUGAUGGCUGUGGUCGCUAACACGAUUAUGGUGUUGGGAGGGAUGUUCGCUGCGCUUGGUGAAGAAGGGACCAUUGAAAGGUGGGGCUGGUUCACGAUCAGUGCCCUGGGCUAUGUCUUUGCUACCUGGCAUGUGGCAGUGCAUGGAGCCAAGCUAAGCAGUGCGCGUGGGCAGAGGUUGUCCAAGCUGUGGGCGGGCAUGGCCGUGUAUGUGCUGGCGUUGUGGUUGGCGUAUCCGAUUGUCUGGGGAAUCACGACCAUCGCGCGCCGGACCAACGUGGACACCGAGAUCCUGAUUUUUGCGGUACUCGAUGUGCUGCUGCUGGCUGGGUCCAGCUUCUGGCUAGUGAUCAGCAACCGGUCCAUCGCCGAGACCAGCGUUGAGAUCGACGGGUACUGGUCCCAGGGCCUCCCUCUCGAGGGGAGGAUCCGCGUCGGAGACGAGGAUUAG